CCACGUCAUAAACGAUCUAUUUCCACAAUGGUGGUCAGGUGGCCUGCGCCUUUACUGGUGCGCAGAACAACACCAACGCUGAAUUUACUUCCCCAAACCAUGGUUAAAUAGUCUGGUCAAAAAAUACUGGCCAUCUAUCUUAUUUGGAAAGGAGACAGUCAGCAUUCAAUACCUCAGAGGCAAUAGGUGACAUCCAAGCUUUUCCAAGCUCAUUCAUCCUAGGCAGCCCAGCCCUGUGUCGUGAUGUCAGGCCCCGGGAGAGACAGUGAUCUGGAGUCAGACCACGCAGUAGACUGGUCCAUGAUGGACAUGCGGCUAGACUCGUUCCGGGGUUCCUUCCUGGCCCAGCAGGUGUCAGCGGAGAGGCUGGCCCGCGCUGGGUUCUACUUCACGGGACAGGCCGACAAGGUUCGCUGCUUCAGUUGCCACAAGACUGUAGAGAACUGGUGUGGAGGUGACGCACCUGUGGAGAGGCACGCGGAGGUCUCCCCCAGCUGUAAGUUCCUGAGCUGCACCCAUCGAUCUAGGGUUAACUCUCUUCAAGGUGCCAUGCUGACCAAUGAAACCUCCUACAACGAAGACGCUGAGGACAUGGAGUUCCGCCUGAGGACGGGAGAGGUGGUAGACGAUACCACCUACCCCAUGGCCCCGCACAUGGCCAGCGAAGACUCCCGGUUCAACACCUUUGGCCCGUGGCCCUCCACAUCCCCGGUCCGACCUAGAGAGCUGGCCCAGGCGGGGCUCUUCUAUCUGGGGGAGGGAGACCAGGUGCAGUGCUUCUGCUGUGGAAGGAUGCUGAAGGGCUGGGAGGCUGGGGACACGGCGUGGGGAGAGCACUCCAAACACUACCCCUACUGCUUCUUCAUCCUGGGGCAUGAUGUGGGGAACCUCCCCUCUCAGAGGGGGAGGGAGGUGGAGGAGACCAGGCCAUGCCCGGGUCCUCGGGUCCCCAUGCAGAGCUUUGAGGAGAGGCUAGGCAGCUUUGCAGGAAUCCAGCACCACCCUAUUGACCACGAGAGGUUGGCCAGAGCAGGCUUCUACAACACAGGUGCACCAGACCAUGUGGGGUGUUUCCGCUGUGGUGGAGGUCUGAAGGGCUGGCAGCAGGAUGAGGAUCCCUGGGAGGAGCACGCCAAACACUAUCCUGGGUGCAGUUUUCUACUGGCAGAGAAAGGACAGGAGUUCGUCAACAGCGUUCAGCUACAAGGUCCUGGCCAGAACAAUGCUGCUUCAAGUCACCUAAAUGGAUGUUCAAGUCAUGAGACUGGGUGCUAUAUCCAACACCUGCUAGUACAUGCUCAGUCUCCUCCCUCUCUCUACAGAGGUGCUGCAGUCAGCCAAUGCACAGAAGGCAGUGGAGAUGGGUCUGGAGCCUGCCUUGGUAGAGAGGACAAUACAGGAGAGGAUACGCAGGGAUGGGACAGGCUACUCCACCCUGGAAACUCUGCUGCAGGACUGCUUUAACAGAGACCCUGACAGCGACACAGAGAACCAUGACGAGGGUCCCCUUGAGAAGCUACGGAAGCUGCAGAGGGAGAAACAGUGCAAAGUGUGUAUGGACAGAGACCUCUGCAUCGUCUUCAUUCCCUGUGGGCACCUGGUCGUCUGCAAGGAGUGUUCCGAGGCCCUUGACAAGUGUCCCAUCUGCUGUUGUGCCAUCACACAAAAGAUCAAGACAUACAUCUCCUAACAUGCAACCUGGUGCCAGGGAUUGUCGUCUCAGAGUAGGAGUGCUGACCUAGGGCCAGGUCCCACCUCUUACUUAUUAUGUUUUAAAAGGCAAAAGUGAUCCUAGAUCAGCACCUAAUAUGAGAUGCUUAAAUAAUGUGGGCCCAAGAGGAUGAUACUCUUUUUAAAUGGCAAUGUUGCUUUACCUUCUCAAUUAUUUUAUUAACACAUGCUUUCCUACUACAAAUGUACAUAAAGAUAUAUUAUAUUUGAGGAGGACCACUGUAAAUAUGAAUAAGAAUCAUGAGAAGUGUGGGGAUUUUGUUUUUCAAUGAUUGUUUUAAAGAUAAUGACAGACACUUCCUUGUUAUGUGAUGUAGUGUUCGCUCACUGAUACAAUACCCAAGAGGCAAUGGGCCUCAAUCUUCAAACCAAGAUGAGAAACUAAGGUUGAGACUAGAUGGAGUACAGCUACGGACAGAAGGGACUUUACGUAGCAGGUUAGCAGAACUAAUGAAGGUGAGUCAAACAGGCAACUUCUUGUCCAUGGCUGUACUCCAUAUACCCACAGUUUUGAUACUUAUGCUGUACAGAACCAUGAUCUACCAUUGCAGUUAUCAACAGUGCCUUUUCAAAUAGUUUAAUUUACUUAUUGUGUGUAUAUUUUCUUUAUUCUGACUAUUAUGCCAUUUCCAUGUUUUUGUCAUAUUUCUCUUAAUAUUAUGAAGUUGUUGACUGGGCUUUCCUUAUUGGUUUGCAAAUCAUGCGUUUCUCGUUAGUUUGUAAAUGACAGGUUUCUGAAAUAGAAGUCCUGAGGGUUCCCAAACGUAUGUUCCUUAGGCCAACUAGAAUGCUUUCACUUGUAUGAUUCAUUGUGUGCUCUGUGAAUAAAUGGAUGAAUUGUA